CCAAGUUUCUGCUCCUCCCUCCUUCGCACAAACUUUCCCGUCGCUCCUGGUCGGCUCCCGGCUAGCUUCCCUCGGUGCGCGGCGGAUUCCUCCAGCAGCCAGCCCGCCAGCCUGCAGCGCCCCCUCCCCGCUUCUUCCUGCUGCCCUGUCACCUUCUCUCCCGAACCGAAUCCGAGCCUCACCCGGCUACACCGGCGGAACCGCCACCUACCCUUCCCCGGACGGGGCACGGAGUUGACGAGUUGCCAUUUAGGGCUCAGGGUCAGAGCCCAGAGCAGCCAUCACAAUAGCGUCCAACAGCUGGAACGCCAGCAGCAGCCCCGGGGAGGGGCGAGAAGAUGGACAGGAGGGGAUGGACAAGAGUCUGGACAAUGAUGCCGAAGGAGUGUGGAGUCCAGACAUUGAGCAGAGUUUCCAGGAGGCACUGGCAAUAUAUCCGCCCUGUGGACGGCGGAAGAUUAUCCUCUCGGACGAAGGCAAAAUGUAUGGUCGCAAUGAAUUGAUAGCAAGGUACAUCAAGCUUCGGACGGGGAAAACAAGGACAAGAAAGCAGGUGUCCAGCCAUAUACAGGUUCUAGCUCGGAAGAAGGUGCGAGAGUACCAGGUUGGCAUUAAGGUCUCUAGCCACUUGCAGGUUCUAGCCAGACGGAAAUCUCGUGAGAUUCAGUCCAAGCUGAAGGCUAUGAACUUGGAUCAGGUCUCGAAGGACAAAGCUCUGCAGAGCAUGGCUUCUAUGUCAUCUGCGCAGAUCGUAUCUGCCAGUGUCCUGCAGAACAAGCUCAGUCCCCCUCCUCCGCUCCCUCAGGCUGUCUUCUCUGCUGCUCCCAGGUUUUGGAGCACGCCUAUCCCAGGACAGUCUGGACCUUCUCAGGACAUUAAACCUUUUGCACAACCAGCCUACCCCAUCCAGCCACCCAUGCCUCCAUCACUAGCCAGCUACGAGUCCCUGGCUCCUCUUCCACCUGCUGCCUCGGCUGUGCCAGUCUGGCAGGACCGCACCAUUGCCUCUACCAAGCUGAGGCUCCUUGAGUAUUCAGCAUUCAUGGAAGUGCAGCGUGACCCAGAAACGUAUAGCAAGCAUCUCUUUGUGCAUAUUGGACAGACAAAUCCCUCAUACAGCGACCCACUGCUGGAGGCAGUGGAUAUCCGCCAGAUCUAUGACAAGUUCCCUGAGAAGAAAGGGGGCCUGAAGGAGCUCUAUGAGAGAGGACCACAGAACUCCUUCUUCCUUGUCAAAUUUUGGGCGGAUCUGAACAGCACCAUUCAGGAUGGUCCCGGUGCUUUUUAUGGCGUCAGCAGUCAGUAUAGCAGCUCAGAAAACAUGACCAUCACAGUCUCCACUAAGGUGUGCUCUUUUGGGAAGCAAGUAGUGGAGAAGGUGGAGACUGAAUUUGCCCGAAUGGAAAAUGGAAGGUGUGUGUACCGAAUCCAUAGGUCCCCCAUGUGUGAGUAUAUGAUCAACUUCAUCCAUAAACUGAAACACCUCCCAGAAAAAUACAUGAUGAACAGUGUCCUGGAGAAUUUCACCAUCUUGCAGGUUGUUACAAACAGAGAUACCCAGGAAACCUUGCUCUGCAUAGCUUUUGUUUUUGAGGUAUCUACCAGUGAGCAUGGAGCUCAGCAUCACGUGUACAAGUUGGUCAAAGACUAGAGGCUCUCCCAGGGAGACCUGGCAAUUUAAGAAAGAGGGAGGAGAGAAGUCUCUUCAGAAAAGCCACCCGUAUAGGAUGCCUUGACGCAAGUCUUUUGAAAAAGAACAAAAAAAAGCGAUGCCAAAAAUGACUGUUUCACAAUCACAGAUGUUUUCUACUUAGGAACAAUUUUUUUACAAAAACAAACAGAAAAAGCAUUACAGGAAAGCAUAAAGAGGAAGGAGAAUUCUUACUGGAGGCAACAGGGAGGACUGGUCCUGUGAGCUAGGUGCUGAGUAUUUCGGGAGAUGUUGGUUCUAAGGCCUU